AAAAAAAAAAGAAAAAAAGGGAAAAAAAAAAAAAAAAAAGGAAAACCUUUCCCAUCAGAGAAAGAGGGAGAUCUCUUUGGAAACAUGGAGCUGCUGUGCUGCGAGGUGGAUCCCAUGAGGAGAGCUCUGCCUGACCCGAACUUGCUCUACGAUGACCGCGUUUUGCACAACUUACUAACCAUAGAGGAAAGGUAUCUGCCCCAAUGCUCCUACUUCAAGUGCGUCCAGAAGGACAUCCAGCCCUUCAUGAGGAGGAUGGUGGCCACUUGGAUGCUGGAGGUCUGCGAAGAGCAGAAGUGCGAAGAAGAAGUUUUCCCUCUGGCCAUGAAUUACUUGGACAGAUUCUUAGCUGUAGUGCCCACUCGGAAGUGCCAUCUGCAGCUGCUGGGGGCGGUGUGCAUGUUCCUGGCCUCCAAGCUGAAAGAGACAAUCCCCCUCACAGCCGAGAAGCUGUGCAUAUACACGGACAAUUCCAUCAAACCCCAAGAGCUGCUGGAAUGGGAGCUGGUGGUGCUGGGGAAGUUGAAGUGGAACCUUGCAGCCGUCACCCCACAUGAUUUCAUUGAACACAUCCUAAGGAAGGUGCCUCUCCCUAAAGAAAAGUUGCUUUUGAUCCGGAAGCAUGCACAAACCUUCAUCGCCCUUUGUGCCACAGAUUUUAACUUUGCCAUGUACCCACCAUCAAUGAUAGCAACUGGAAGUGUGGGAGCAGCCAUCUGUGGCCUUCAGCUCGAUGAUGGGGACAGCCUCACGGACCUCCUGGCCAAGAUCACAAACACAGAUGUGGACUGCCUUAAAGCUUGUCAGGAACAGAUCGAGGCAGUGCUCGUGAACAGCCUGCAGCAAGUCCGGCAGCAGCAGCAGCAGAGCAACCCCUCCAAGACAGUGGAUGAACUGGACCAGGCCAGCACUCCCACAGAUUGUCACAGAAGGAUCUUAAUACCACCUGCGUGUUUAUCUAUGGACAAGGAAAGAAAAUUGCUGAUGCAACAGCCAUGGUGGUAAACAUCGAGGUGAGCAGGUCUAUUCUCACCAAAGCUGCUGCUGGGCACAGCCUUGGCCUCACCUCCCGCCUCGACGUUCUGCAUUGGGAGCACCCGGAAUUCUGCACUGGUGUCUCUGUCCUGGUGGAAAAAGUAGCUGAUGUUGUUGAAGCAAGACUGUGGAGCCACACACAGAUCCAGAUCAGGUUAGAUCAGGUCAGAUCAUUCCUUGGCAGCCCUGCCCCUUGGCUUCAUGGGGAGCUGUGCCAGAGUGUCCUGAUGGUGGGGUGACCUCUCCAAGCGCUGGCACUAUGUCCAUCAUGUUGGCGUGAUUUGCUACGUGCCUUAGUCCAGGUGUAGGCAGGACCUGUGUUUAGGGUGCCUGCCCCUUCUCUUCAUCCAACCUCCUUCACACCCUGGUCCCACAGCAGCCACGGGAUCACAGGGAUGAUCCCUGCAGAGGAUCACAGGGGUGAUUCCUGCUGUGGAACACAGGGCUGAUGCCUGCCGUGGAACACAGGGAUGAUCCCUGCUGUGGAUCACGGGUGUGAUCCAUCUGCUGUGGAACAGAGAGAUGAUCCCUGCUGUGGAUCACAGGGCUGAUCCCACCGGGUCACCCCUCUGCAGAACUGAAGAGGCAGGUGCUGAGGGCCACCUCCGUGGUCGGCUGCUCUACAGCAGGGUGGGGGCGGGCUGUGCUGGACGGGGCAGCACCAUUCAGCAUUCCCGCUCCCUGCAGGGUCCUGGUGGGUCUGUGUGUGUCCCCACCAGGGUGAGGAGUGUCCUCAGCUGCAGUGACAUGCUCAGCAAGUGUCACCCCUCUGGUUACAGCAUACUGUUUGUUUGAAGGCUGCAAGCCCUUCAACUUGAGUGCUUUCACAUUAGCCUUCAGAAUACAAUGACUGCCUAGUACUCUCUUUUAACAGAUAUUAAAGGAAGUGUGUUGUUAAUGCAAAUGAGGUGUGAGAUUUCCCCCUCCUGAAUUGCAGAAAUCAUAAAACUCCCAACUGAUUGAUUAAAAAAUAGAAAAUGUGUUGCUGAUUCUGCCUUCCCAAGUGCCAAAGGAUGGGUACAAUUGCUAAAAGCGUUUCUCUCUCAGCUUCAUGGUACUUUGAUGGUCUUCUCCUCCUUCCUGUUACUGUAGUGUAGGAGCAUCUCAUAAUGUAUUUAUUUGUAUUUCCAAUAUGCUUGUGAAAGAGAAAAAUACCAAUUAAUCCCAUGUCGAUGAUUUAUGCUUGAGUAAUCAGACAGCUCUUAAUUACUCAGCAAACCACCUGGCCACUGGAUUUUUUCCACUAUGUUUAUUACCAUGUUCUCAUGUACCUCAGAAAUCACUCUUGGUUGCACAGUUUCUGUUGUUUCUGUUCUCAAACUUUUUUGGGUUUUGUUUUGGGGUUUUUUGGGGGUUUUUUUUUGAGUUUUUUUUUUUUUUGUUUUGUUUUGGUUUGUUUUUUUUUUUUUUUUUUUUUUGCUUUAUUGAGUGUGAUGCCAUAUCAAGUCAACGUUAUUCUCUCACAAAUGUGCUCUUUAAGAGGUGUGGAUGUUUAUGUGGUCAGGGGAUGUUAGAAAGUGUGGUAGUAGACAUCAGUGUAAACAAAAGUAUCUAGAAAGUACAUGAGGUUGUUUUUGAUGGAUAAGACUGAUACGGUGUAGUCUUGAUUGCCUUUUAAAAGGUCUUUGUUCAGUGUUGUCAUUUUUAUUAAUAACCUAUUGUUUUGACUAGUUUAAAGAUGGUUCUAAGAAAAGUGUUUUGGCAGGAUUAGGUAUGCUGUAUGGACAAUAAACUCACCUUGACCUAAA